AUGGGACGUCACUCGGGGACCUCCGGUUUCACCUCGCUGGCCUCCUACGUCCUGCGUCACUCCCAUCAAGAAGGGCCGGUGGCGUCUUGCCCCUCCUUCAUCCCCACCCCCCGUGACGGCGCGCCUCAUCGGGGUACGCUUGUGCUCCCCCAUCGGCAGGUGGGGGUUUACUGGACGAGCACUCUGCUCAGGCGCUACCAGUCCUUCCGGCCGGGCGAGUACCCCAUCCCCAACGACGACAUCGAGCAAGAGCGAGAGGAGAUGAAGCACCAGAUGAUCAAGAGACUCUUUGACGGCAAUGACUACCUCGCCCCCAUCGGCGAUCACCCGCAAAGGAUCCUCGACAUCGGGACAGGCGUCGGCUUAUGGGCCAUUGACGUGGCCGAUAAGUUUCCCAGUGCCCAGGUCAUCGGCGUCGACAUCACGCCGAUCCAGACGAGCUGCAUACCGCACAAUGUCAUAUGGAGGAUAGACGACAUUCAGAACACCACCUGGGACCCUCCAUAUGCCAACCUUGACUUUGUUCACCUUCGAUCCGUCACAGUCAUCUUGUCUGAUCCAGUGGGCGUGCUGGAAUCGACGUUCAAACACCUCAACCCGGGGGGCUGGGUUGAGCUUCAGGAUGUUGGAUCCAACAUCUUUUGUGACGAUGACACCAUGCCGUCAAACCACCCAAUGCUCCAUUUCAUGGAUCGCUUCGUCAACAUGUUCGGUCCCGCUCACCGAUGCAGUCUUGGCAUCAUGUCCACCAUUCAUGAAGAUCUCGAGCGCAUCGGCUUCACGCAUAUCCACGUACGCCGGCACAAGAUGCCCAUCGGAGCGUGGGCCAAGGAUAGAAAGCGCCGCGAGAUCGGUCUCUUCAUGAGCAAGCACGUUCUCUGGCAACUGGUGCGUGCCGUGCUCGUCAAGUGGCCGGAGAUGGGCCUCCAGUCGAAACAGGAGGCUGAGGUCUUGGAGCACGAGAUCAGAAAAGCCUUCGAAGACCCUGGAAUUCACGCCUACCUUCCGUGCUACCAGUCGGGUGUCUUUCUGACGCCACCCUCACCGGCGAUUGUGUACCGACGCCUUCCGACAGACACAUGCGAGGACGCACUGAACGGGCGAAGAGCGGCAGUUGAUAGUGGCGCGGUGGGCGGCGACAGCCUUCAUCUGCCGGGGUCUGAACGGCUGCGGGCGGGCUAG